UUGGUGAUCCAGGCCGGUCUGCUGUUGCACAAUCUCCUACCUCACCCUCUUCACUUCCGCCUGGGUUGGAGUGUGCAACGCGGAGGGUUCAGUAAGGAGGGUGUCAUUCAGGCUCGUUCCCGUCUUGCCAUCUACCUUCCCACUGCCGUUUCUCCACAACCGCUCAACAAUCCGGACCAAUCCGCCAAGAUGAAAUUUCUCAUCUCUCUGUCCGACUCUGAGGGUUGGACGCCUUUUAGUCUCGUCGUACCAACCCCUCAAGCCAGUUCUAAUUCGGCUGAGACCGCGGCGCUUUUUAUGAAACGCAAACUGAUUCAGGUGAGAGUUACAGUUCUGUUGUUGGCAGUCUGCAAAAAUAGCUUCAAGAUGACGCUUGGGUUAAACUCCCUUAUCUGA